AUGAAUUUUAAUAAAUUACGACAUUGUUGUAAGCUCAUUUCUUUCAAAUCAUUACACCAAAGCUCAUAUAUUAUAUCAAAAUCAUCUAUUUAUGAUAAAUUGUUGAAAAUUACUUCAUAUAGGAUAUUUUUUCAUGUAAAACCAACUUUACAGUUUUCAACUUCAUCUUCUCUUCAUACUGAUAUUAAUACUAUGUCUGAAGAUAAUAAGAAAUCUCUCACUGUUGAUUAUAAUGAUGUUCUUAAAGCUCAAAAUGACAAUAGUAUUUUAAUUAUUGAUGUCAGAGAAAAGGAAGAAAUUGAUGAAACUGGGAAGCUACCUGGAAGUAUUCAUGUACCAAUGGGAGAUGUUACAAAUACAUUAUUGAAUUUUUCCGAGAAGGAUUUUAAAGAAAAAUUUAAUAAGGAAAAACCUUCCAAAAAUACAAAAAUCAUAUUGAGCUGUAGAUCUGGAAAAAGAAGUGGCAUGGUUCAAGAAGAAAUUCAAAAACUUGGAUAUAAAAAUGCAUACAACUAUACUGGAGGAUGGCUAGAUUGGGAAAGCAAUCAGAAAGUAUAAACUAACAUAUACAUUAUUAUAAUUGUUUAUAUGUACAAAUAUGUUCAUUAAUAAAUUGUUAUCAAU